AUGUCGAACACUAGCGUUGAUGAGCAGACUGCUGCACCAGCUGCCAAUGAAUCAUUAACUCUUAUUGAACGAUGGGAUCGAGAUUUUUCGCAGACAAAAACUGAUGGCAUCACAUAUGAUUAUAUUAUUGUUGGUUCAGGAUCAGCAGGUGCUAUCUUAGCUAAUCGUCUAUCGGAACAAAAUGAUAAACGUGUACUUCUGAUCGAAGCUGGUGGUUCUCACACCAAGGACGAAAUACAUAUGCCAGAAGCUUGCUUACAGCGUAGUGAAAUCGAUUGGCAAUAUAUGACUACACCUCAACUUUAUUCACACUUUGGUUGCGUCAAUCAGCAAAGUAGUUGGCCACGGGGUAAAGUUUUAGGUGGUUGUUCUUCUAUAAAUUUUAUACAAUAUGUUCGCGGUGAUCCACAUGAUUAUGAUAAUUGGCAAUUAUCACAAUAG